CGCUCGACCUCGCGAUCGCGCCGAUCUUACCCGAAUCUCCACAAUCUCUCCAUAGCCCCGCUCAGCGCCAAAUAUCCGCUCGAUGCAUCUGUUCCACCAUCACCCGACGAGCCGGGAACCCAGACACCUCGCACAUCCUACAUAGCCCAGAAGUCGGCUCCCGCCACUCCGGGCGUGCUGAGCCUCAGUCAAACCCGAAGCAACUCGAGACAGCACACCAGAAAGGCCUACGCAUACGACAGCUAUUUCGUCGACACCAAUUCUGAGAUCCGAGCAGCUGGCGAUAUACCAAAAGCCAAGAGCACAAGCAUACUGCAUCCCGGAGUUAGCUUCACAGAUGAAGUCGCGGGCGUGACGGAAGCCAGCAAGCUGCGGCAUCACACAAGACAAGGCACCGCGCCUCUCCCUCUCUUCUCACCGCCCAUCAAACACCACACCAAAGAGUCCAACCACGAAUGGCUCCACCGCGCCGGCCUCGCCAUCGCCGGCGAGACAAGAGAUAGCAAAGGCCAAAGCUGGCUCGUCCGCCGCGAAAGCUCCACAAGCCUCGUAGGCCAGGACACAGAGUACAAUCCCGAUGGUCCCCUCGAUAAUAACAACCACCACAUGGUCCUCUUGUCCGGCGAGCACGUCAACGAAGCAGACUACCCGUCUUUCUUCUCCCCCCGCAUGUCGCGCGCCGGCAGCAGGUUCGCCAGCCGCAUGGGCUCGCGCGUCCCCAGUGCGCGCCCCAGUCGCCGCGGCAGCAGAGCCGGCAGCCGCGUGGAUCUCAUGACGGGUCUGGGCAUCAAGACGGCGUCUGAGCCCGAAGAACGCUUCAUCGAGCCCGACUUCAUUGAAGCCGACGAGGAUUCCGACGGCGACGAGGAAGAAGUUGCGCGGCUGGCGCGCGAACGCGGGUUUGGCCUCGGAGGCUGGAUGGAUCGUCUGAUCGGGUGGUCGUUGUUUGCCGUGGAUGAGGACAGAGAGGGCUCGGAUGACGAGGAUGACGAGGAUGACGACGAGGACGCACACGAUGCCAAGGGGCUUCGUGGGAGGGAGUUGAAGUUGGAUGAUUUGACAAAGGAGGAGCUGAAGCUCAGGCGCGAGGUCGAGGCUAAGCGCAGGAAAAUGGAGCGUGAGGCCAUUAUUGCCGCCGCCGCCGUUAAGAGCCAGCAUGGCGAGGGAGAGGCGGCGAGUCGACCGAGUACGGCGGGGGAGGGAGAGGGUAGUGAUGGUCAGACGAGGCGGGCGAAUGAAGAGGCGGGUGGCUGGCAGGAUGCUGCGUGGUUGCUCAGUGUAGCAUCCAAGGCUCUUUUCUAG